AUGACGGCUGUCGCAACCGCUCCCGUGAUGAGUAACCAUGACUCUGGGUCGGAGCCCCGAACAGACCAUAGCCCCUCUCGCUUUACCGCGGUCAACGGUAGAGACUCGGUCGCAUCAAACCCCCACGGUCCGACUGUGGUUCCUGGCACCCCAAUGAACCAAGGGGACAGAGUCGUCGCGGCAGCGCCAGCGCCAGCGGCACCUUCAAGCGACAAUGCGGAACCACCGCGCGACAGCUUGGGCGCCCGGGGCGAUCAUCACGACGACUCACAACGAUCCUCACCGUCUGGAUCUAACAAACACAAGCGGAAGCGAUCGGGGUCGGGUGACCAGGAAGCUCGACAGCAAUCAGAACCUGGCUAUCAUCAUCAUCAUCACCAUCACCAUCACCACCCUCACCAUGUCAGUCGCAGCUCGAUUGGCCAUUCGGAAGAACUGUCCCCUCUCCAUGCCAAUGGGGCCGGGCCAGGAUCGGUCUCCUCGGAGAUGGACUCGAUCAAUCCGGUCGCCGCCUCGGGCCACCGAUCGGAUACGAAUGAGACGUCACAGCCCCCAUCCACGGGCCCUUGGCCCGAUUAUGACACUCAGUUGAUCAGUCAGGCCCAACGGGCGCAACAGAUCGAUCCCUCCGAUGCACACUUGGCCGAUGCCCUCCAGCGAGAGGCUCAAGGCCAGGAAAACUCCCGCAAUGGGGGAACUGAUCGCUCCGUGCCGCCAGCCCCCAACGUGCAGCCUGCAUCGUCCCCGACCUAUGUCUCUGAGCGCGCUGCUGGGGCUGUUCAAGUCGCACCUAAGCGAAAGCGUGUCUUCAGCAACCGCACCAAGACAGGUUGUAUGACCUGUCGCCGCCGAAAGAAGAAAUGCGAUGAGCAACACCCUGCGUGCAAUAAUUGUAUACGUGGCGGGUUCUUGUGCGAAGGAUACACCUCACGAAGUACCUGGCAGAAGCCUUCGACAACGAAACCACCCGUCCCGCUACAGUCCAAGGAAGGUUAUCCAGAUAUGAGCGGCCAGUAUCUUCCAGAACCCAUUGCUCAUCAUGACCGGCCACCCGCAGGAAUGCCCGAUCAUAUGGAAUCGCGGAAAAUGCGACCAUUAGGGGAGGACAAUGAACGUGUCCCUCAACCAUAUACUACGAGCCCAUCCAACAAUACAGCACCCAACCAUGCGGCAUCGUCCUCAUCAUCGUCCUCAUCAUGGUCAAAACGCACCUGGUCGGGCCCGGGCCAUUCGGCGUACGCACCGCCCGACCACCUGACUAAACCCGAUUAUCGAGAAGUGGCCCCAAUUCACGAGCUUCCUCCUCGAGAAUCACAUCCGAAGCCAGACUACCCCAUGGUUCCUCCUAUCCGGGAGUUCUCGCAUGCGCCACCACCACCGCCGCCACAGAAGCCCAAUAGUUUACCACUGUUUCAUGGGACAACCGCUGAGCAGCAACGGCCCAUGCCCCCGGCGCCAGCACCUGCGCCAGCCCCAGCUCCGACCCCCAUGCCAACAUCCGCGAUGGACACCAGCAGUCCGCAGACGCAGGCACGGAUGGCGCUCAAAAUCGAGCAUCAACUAUCAUCCCGUGCAAUCAACGUGGAAGAAACGGAAAAGGACAAAAUGAUUCGCGGCGAACUGUACCGGCCUUUCGAUCUCCAGUUAGUGGAAGAGAGGGAUCGGUGCAAGCGCGCACUGUGGCGAUUCAACAAUGCUUGCAAUCCACACUACGGGUUAAGCUCGAAGGAGCAGAACCGUCUCCUCAAGGAAAUUCUCGUUCCCCCUUCGGGUUCGGUCGCCAAUUCUCCCUCUGGAGUCGCGGUGCCUCAUUCCUCGGGGUCCAUUGGACAGGGUGCGGUGGUGGAAUCCCCCUUCAAUUGCCAUUACGGAUAUAACAUCCAAAUCGGAGAAGAUGUGAUGAUACAUCAGAGUUGUCUGUUUGUCGACGACUGCGGCAUCAGCAUCGGUGCGCAUAGUUGGAUUGGCCCAAAUGUCACCUUGCUGAGCUCGAUGGCCCACUCCAGUAUGCAGGAGCGCAAAGGGUCCCAGAGUCGCUAUCAAGGCCGACCCGUCAUCAUCGAGGAGGACUGUUAUCUAGGCGCGGGCUGCACCAUUUAUCCCGGAGUGCACCUACAUCGAGGUGCCUAUGUCGCGCCUGGCGAGGUUGUGAAGACUGACAUCGUUGCUUAUGGGUUCCAAGGAUACAAGCCCAGUUAUAUGUGA